UUCCAGCCGGAAGUGUCGGACCGUACUCGUGUGGCACGAGGAAGACCUCGUCAUGGCUGACAAUGCGGAACCGCGGCCCGUUUCGUCUUUUAUGGACCCGUUUAAGGGUGUUCUGGUGGACUACCUGAUGCCGGAGUCCUGCUACGACCAGUUCUUCCUCAACUUCAACCUGCUGGACGUACCAUGUCUGAAGAUCGUGUUAAGCAAAGGUCUGGGUAUCGGCAUCAUCCUGGGAUCAGUCAUGGUGAAGCUGCCUCAGAUCUUAAAGCUGAUGGCGGCAAAGAGCGCUGAGGGUCUGAGCUUCAAGUCUGUGCUGCUGGAGCUGCUGGCCAUCACCGGCACCAUGGCGUACAGCAUCGCCAACAAGUUCCCUUUCAGCUCCUGGGGGGAGGCCCUCUUCCUCAUGUUACAGACGGUCACCAUCGGCUUCCUCAUCCAGAAAUAUGGAGGAAGAACUGGAUCCGGUGUCGUGUUCCUGCUGGUUUACUUCAGCCUGCUGCUGCUCCUGCUGUCUCCCAUCACGCCCAUGGCGGUGGUCACCUCCAUGCAGGCCUUCAACAUGCCGGCCAUCAUCAUCGGAAGAUUGAUCCAAGCCGCCACAAACUUCCAGAACGGACACACGGGUCAGCUCUCUGCCAUCUCCGUCUUCCUGCUGUUUGCCGGAUCCCUGGCUCGGAUCUUCACCUCCAUCCAGGAAACCGGAGACACGCUGAUGGCCUUGACUUACGUCAUCUCCUCCGCCUGCAACGGCAUCAUCGCCAUGCAGGUUCUGUUCUACUGGAACCAGAGCCCGCAAACCAAACAGAAGAAGAAGAAGAAGAGGGAGUAGAGUCUCCGAUUGGAUCCGACUCUGGACUCUGUGAGGACGGAUACGCAGAUCUGCACUCUUCACAUUCCUCUGCUGGAGAUGAAGUGGGCUUCCCGGUUCUGAUCUGCUGCGUUUAGGAGGAAGCUCAAAGGAUCGAUCGAUUCAACAGUUUGAUUUGCACUUGAUUCCCUACAUCUGGUGGUAGUUGUCGUCUCCAUUCCGUGUCUGUUUAGACUGAAGGUUGAAAUAAAGCCAGUCUGUCAGGAA